AUGUAUCCCGGAGGAUUUUUGCUUAUUUUGUUGUGUCUGGCGGUUUUCAUGACGGUCUUCGGAUGCUUUUCAUCGUUGCGAUUGACGUUUCUCGAAUCUCCAUUUUUUGCCAUUUACAGUUCUGCUUUGAUGGCGGAUUCAGACUCAAAUCGGCAAAAUUUGCGAAGCGAAAUCCGUGAUGAGAAGCCAGAAAGAGUGCUUUCGCGAAUGACCAUUUGUUUCGAUUCCUCUUUGCAAGUCGAGUUCAACCGAGUUUCGGACGCACCCAAUGACGCAAAACGCCACUGCGACAUCGUAAUGGAUUCAAAUCCUAUACGUCGCUCGGUAGUCUUCAGAAUAGAAGAAAAAACUGCGAUGACUCUCGUUUUGGAGUCGUCAUCGAAUCUCGAGGUACAUUUGGAACAGUGGAAAUCCCAGGGAAGACUGACGGAUCGGGCAUCCGCGUUCCAUUAUUUCGACCGAACUUUCGAGCAGCACGGGGAAGUCACUUUCGUUUUCCUCCUCAAUGCGAAGACUAUUCCCAAGCGGUAUGGGAUGAAAGAUGUGGAGAAUUUCCUGUUGGAAGCUCUGCUGCGAAAUUUCAAAUGCUGGCGGUACUCGAGUUCAUCGGAAUUGCCCGCAAUGAUACGAUCCACUGCUUGGGCCCUAGCGACGCAAUCUGAUGUGGAGAGGAAACGGAAAUGUGGGUUUGAUUGGCACGCCGAAAACUUCAAGGCCAAUGUCGUGCAUGUUAAUGAAAAUGGUCUCGGAUUGAAGAACUUGUGGCCGGUUAUUCUGAUGCAAGUACCUGGGUGUACGUACGAAAUAGCGAAAACCGUAGCUGAUGAGUAUCCCUCCAUGCGGCUUUUGUUUCAGGCGUACGAUAAUUGCGAAGAAACUCAGCGAAGAAUGCUGCUUGCGAAUCUUGUUUUCCGGACUGGUCCGGAGAGCCAGGCACGAGGCAGAAGAGUCGGCCCCGUUCUCAGCGAGCGUAUUUACAAUGUAUUCAAUGAAAAAGACCCCGAUGUCCUUUUGUAACUGCGUUUUUUACGUGGCGAAUUUUCUUGGGGUUUGAUUAUGGCUGUGCAUUUAUACGUUUGAUUGAUUGAAGACGAGUCUCUUUCUUUUCAA